UAUGCUACUCUAAGCUACUGUUGGGGGACGACAAUGCCACCAGGCAGUGUAACUACUCAUGAUAAUAUUGGGAAGCGGUUGAAGCGUCUAGAAGCCUCCAGCCUUCCUCAAACUUUACGGGAUGCCUUCAGAGUUACACGUCAACUUGGAAUUCGGUAUCUCUGGGUGGAUGCUUUGUGCAUUAUUCAGGAUGACCCAAAUGACUGGGCCACCGAGGCAGCAAAUAUGGCAUCUAUAUAUGAUAAUUGUCUGGUCAGCAUUGCCGUGGAACUUGGGUCAGAUUGUACUGCUGGCUUCCUCCGCCAUACCCCUGAACAACAAGACUUUUGUACCCCGCUUUCAGAACGUGGAUGGACUUAUCAAGAAAGAUACUUGUCUCCCAGAAUCCUACAUUUUAUUGGCGCUCAAAUCGUCUGGGAGUGUCGUGUUGCGAAGCUGGGAUUGCAGUCUGUGAAGACAGUAAAUCGGGAAAAACUGCGCGAACAUUGGUAUUACGAUAUUGUGCCCGAAUACUCCCGACGCAAGUUGAGCCGGAAAUCAGAUAAAUUGCCAGCAAUCACUGGAAUUGCCAAGUCAUUCAGGCAGAGAUCCGAGGAUGUUUACUUCGCCGGCCUCUGGCUAGGUGAUAUUUCGUAUAGUUUGAGUUGG